CGUCAGCAUUCCAUGCGUUAAAAGGGCAGAUGGUAACCGCGGGUAACUGAGGAGCAAACCACUCUGCUGGCCACAGAGCAAGAGAUCAGCGGAGAGAGGGAGGGAGGAGAGCUAACACAUGCAGCGCAGCAGAGGAGAGGAGAGGAGCAUCUGAGAGGAAGCUGCACGUCUGCUCUGACAGAGAGGAAGACAGACUUCUUCUCCACACUAACAAGGAGGCGCAGGGCAAAAAGAAACGAGGAGAGACACAGAGACAAGAGGAGGGGAGAUAGUAAGAGGAGGUAAAAAAAAAAAGUAUCCCUCCCUUCCACUUAGAGAGAUACAGAGACAAAGAGGGGAAACAAAAGGGGGUUGGAGCGAUUGUGAAGUGAGGAGAGGGAGGCAGAUAGUUAGAGGAACUGCAAGACUGAUCAAUGAGAGGCUGAGAUUUCAGGAAUAAAUUUCGACUCAGCAAGAAAGAGACAGAGAGAGAGAGAGAGAGAGAGAGAGAGAGUGAGAGAGAGAGAGAGAGAGAGAGAGAGAGGGAUUCAAUGACAAGGAAAGAUUAAUGAAUGAAAGGUGGGAGCAAAACAUCUGGAGAGGCUUACUAAGAGGAAUAUUUAAAAAGGAAGACCUAGUGGGAGGCAUUUCUUAUUGAAAAAAAGAGAAGAAUCUUCCAGAGAAGAAUAAAAAAAACACAUUUAGACAAUGACAAGAAGAUAAGAUUGGAAAGAAAGGAGAAGCAGAGGGUGAAAUAUUUAAAAAGAGACUGAGGGGAGAUGAGCAGAGAGAAGCCAAAGUCAAUGAGUCAACCGGCAAAAACUUAAAGAGAGAGAGAAUAAAUCAGAGCAGCUGGGGGAGAAACUGUGCAACUCCUUUUCUUUUCUUCUUAUUUCUUCCAUCCCCUCCUCUACUUUAUAAAACAGAGGAGAGACGCAAUGAGGAGAGCGGGAGAGAGUUGAGGAAGAUAGACGAAGGAGGAGAGGAAGCAGACUUUUUCUUCAGAGUCCAGAUAGAUACUUAAGUACAAAAGACAAAUCCAAUGGCGUGCUACUACAUUGUGAUCAGUUCCACCCAUCUGCAUGACGGACAGCUGAGGAGCAUCAAGGGGGUGUUCAGAGGACCAAUAGGAACCAACAGCCAAAGAAACACGGAGGAAGGAGACUCCAGUUUCUACUGCGAGCUUUGCGAUAAGCAGUAUGUGAGACACCAGCAGUACGACAACCACAUCAACUCCUACGACCACCACCACAAGCAGCGCCUGAAGGAGCUGAAACAGCGGGAGUUUUACAGAGCGCUGGCCUGCAGGAGGCAGAGGAGACGCAGGGAGGAGAAGAGAGAGCUGAGGAGGCUCCAGAAGCAUGAAGAGAGGAGAUCGGGAGAGUGCGCUCCAGGUUCUGGUCCCAUGUUCCGGUCCACCACAGUGGCGGUGGAACCAGCCAACCAGACCAGACCGGACUCAGAGCAGAACUGGGGCGACAGCAACCCGAGCAGCGCCACAAUGGGAACAAAUCCUCAAACAUCGCUGAUCCAGCCCUUCCUUCCCCUGGACCCUGCACUGGAAACCAGACUCCUGAGCAACACACAGUGGGCGUACGACCCAAUGGACACCAACAGCACUCAGACUUCUGCUAAUGAAUCCAGUAUCCUCAACGAGACCCAAAUGGACUACAAUGACCAGACCACAAAUAUCAACACUACCAAAACCAGGCACUUUAACAAGAUCCCUUGGGCUCACAAUUAUUUAAGCAACCCCAUUACUCCCAAUAACAUCCCAAAGACUGCCACCAAUACCGCCACUAACGGUUCCAUUUUCAGCACAACCACCGUGACCAACUUCAGCAAGAAAAUCCCUCCCGCCAUUACUACUAACAUGGCCGACAUCAACAGUGGCAGAGCAGUGUGUGGACCAAGCGUCCAGUCCUUCCGCAGCAGCAGAGUCCGUCCCGUGUCCUUCUCACUGCCCAAAAGGAGCUGUGUCCUCCUCCACCAAUCAGCUGCCGUGUUCAUCCAAGCCGGGCGAGGCUCAGGCUUGUCGGGGAAGCAAGAAAGUUUGACAGUGCAAGAAAGAAUCAAAGAUCCAGUGGAGAAAGUUGCAGAUCAGCAGCUCAAAUCUUCAGCAUCUGCAGACGUGGACGUUGUAGGCGUGGGUCACUCGGACACUGGAAACCAGUGCAGUGUGGACAUUAAAAUGGAUAUCCUGCACUCUGAGGCAGGAACCAAUAUGUCUCCUGAGAGGGGAACUGGAGGACUCUCUGGGACUGGAGCCCAAGUUUCUUUAUUUAAUCGCAAUGUAAUCAGAGUUGAGGACUUUGUUAACAGUGGGAAUGGAACCCAGCCCUCCUUAUGUAACGACAAUGGGACUGGAGCCCAAGUCGGCAGGGAAAGUGGGACUAGAGCUCAUCAUUGUUUAAAAAGUGGGCUACCAGGACAGAUAUCUGACAUUGUAAGCACAGUUGAAGCUAAAGAUUCAGUAUGCAGAGACAGCGAGGCUGAAACCCACAACAAUGUGGCCAAUCAUACAGAGUUAAACCCCACCCAAGAAUUGAAAGAUCCUCUUUGUCCUGCCACAUAUCAGCAAACAUCCAUUUCUGGUGUUUUAAAUGGCACCAAAGAGUCUUCAAGUCAAACGCAGCCCAAAGAAUCAAAUUUCUCUCCGUCAAACGGGGCUAAAGAAUCAACUUCUUUGCCUACAAAUCGCCCUAAAGAGCCGUUUUGCCGCGUCCUGAGCAGAGACGGUAGCCGGGUUCUUCUCUGGCCGUCGGAGAUGGUCAGCUACACCAAGACCUUGCCCUCCAUCUCCUACAGCAUAAACCCUCUACUGUACGACUUCAGAGCACAUAACAAGGCCAAGGAAGGGGGUGAGGAAAAGAAAGGAGGGCUAGGGGAAGGGAGGGAGAGAAUAAAGCAGUCUGUGAUCAAACAACCUGACUGCCAACAGAGGCAGGAAGCUAUGGAGGGAGGAAGGCAAGUGAAGAUAGAUGAAAGGGAAGAAGGAAGACAGGCAGGUAAUCCUAUGGAACCUCUAGCCCAUUGUAGCAGCCGCGGCGGUGCGGUUCCGGGACAGUGCGGCUGCCGCGAUGAAAGCGCUUUAAAAUUAGUUCCAGUUUCCGCAGAGUGCCACCUUGCACCGACACAGGGCCUUCAAAAAACAGGCAGGAAGAGGAGGAGGAAGAGGAGGGGAGGGGUGAGGAGAGGAAUGAGGAAGAGGGGUAGGAGAAAAAGAGGAGAGGAGACAGAAAGAGGGAGGACAAUAAGUAACAUUUCUGAGAACCAGAUGUUUGAGGGGAGAGGAGACGAGAGGUUGAAAAGAGAGGGCAGCGAAAAAGAGGAGAGGAGAGAAAAAGGCCUAUUAAGUAAUCUUGCAGCGCAUCGGCUGGUAGGAGGGAGAGAAAAGAAGAUGAGGGGAGACGAGAGAAGGAUAAGAGGAGAUCAGUCAGAGCAAGAGAGGGCAGGUAGAAAUGACGAGAAGAGAGGAGCGCUAUUAAGUAAUCUUCCUGAGAAUCGGUGUAAUCGGUGUAACCAGCUGUGUCUGCAGGUGAAAAGGGAGGCCAGCAAGCAUCAAUCCCAGCAAUCAGCCUCCGGGUGGGGCCAGGGGCUCAGAAAGCUCCUCCGUAGGGGUGCAGCAUGUAACUCAGUGAUUAGCCCCGUCCCUGGGUCUGUUAUAGAGACGCCAUGCUGUCCUGCAAUUACACUUGUGCCUGCUCAGAAUCACAGAGAGACGGGGGAGAUACACAAAAAUACACAAGCAGGGAAGCACGAAGGGCACAGAGAUGAAGAGCAAAGGAAUCUGAGCAAGACAGAGAUAAGAGCCGUUCAGGAUGCUGAAGAAAACGCGUGCAACCUAGUGAUUAGCGGCGUUUCUUUUCCCUGUCGAGAAGCAGCAGGCGAGCCAGAAAUUUGUCUUGCUCCUACACCUCAUACGGAAACAGCAUGUGAUCCAGCGAUUAGCCUUGUCCCCGCACCCUUUAGAGGAACAGCAUGUAGUCAAAGACAAACAAUACCUGCAGCGAGCAGCCAUCCUGCGUUAAACAUGACCCUCCCUGGCGAUGCAAUUUUGAUGUCAGAGAGAGCAGAAACAGCCGGCAAGAGAAAGACAGAAUCGCCUGAGGCCGGUGAAACGCCAAAGAAAAAACGGAAAAGGGGAAGGAGACAAACGAGAAGAGUUGUAUGUGUUUUGAGACAGGAAAGGGCUUGUGGUGGGUUGAAGACGGACACCACAGAACUCAACAAGACUGGGACACUUCUGGACAACUGCCUGGGCAGUCCAGAGGGCAACAGGACGGAGAAAAACACUGACUGCCACUUUCUGUCCGGGAUGAAACACCGUCUGUGUCAUGAAACAAAUAACAGCGAGGGAACAUCUACCUGUAACAGCGCUGACAAACUGAAACACCCCCACUACUACCACUGCGAUGACAGUAAAGGCGGCAACUGCAGUGCCGAUGACUUCCGUCAAUUUAUCUCUGAUGCCUCUGUAGGCGAGCAAAAGAGGAUGUGCUGGACUGAGAAUCCUUUAAGUGACUGUCACACCUGUAGCACACCAAGUAUCCACAGUCAGUGCAAUGAAAAGUGCAACAGAGAUGGAAAACAUGACGUCGCUCACGACAAUCCUCACGCCAAACACAAUCCGAGCUGUGGCGGCUGUGAGACGGACAAAGACGAGGAUCAUUCUCGUGAUCACGUGGACAAACUUAACCCUACCUGUAACACCAUGGACACACCUGUUGACUUCUUUACCUGCAGCACCAACGAAUCACAUGCUGACCACUGUCAAUGUGAAAACAAGACAGCAAAGAGUGAAAAAAUGGCUAACUACACUGACAAAAUAGCAGCUUUUUGUGGGGAGAGCUCAGAUUGCAAUGACUGCUCAAAGUGUAAAACAAAGGGCACAUGUCAUCACACUGGUGAUUUUAACCAAACGAAUGACAAAAGGGGGCUCAGUGAGGAGGAUGAAACCAAACCGCAGUGUCACAUUCAACACAAACACAAAAACAACCUCUCCUCUCUGGCAUUUGAUUACCAAACUAGCAGUGGCAUUGAUCCUGGACAGGCAGAGGGCUGUGGUGAUAUGGACGGUGGUCAGUGUGAUUAUCGUGACAGUAAUCAUGGCUCUGAUUGUAAUCACUGUGCUCAUGUUGUCAAGAACGACGCCAGACGCACAAUGGAAGCUGUCGCUCUCGUGAGCGUACGUACGGAGCAGAGAGAGGCGGAAAGAGAUGCUGAGAGGGAGAGAAAGGAGGAGGAGGAGAGACAGAUGGAGAGGAAAAAAGUAAAGGAGAAGCAAAAAGAGUGGGAGAGGGAGUGGGUGAGGAGGAAGGAGAAAGAAAGGGAGGACAGGGAGAGACGGAAGGAGAUAGAUUUUGAACAUCUCUACACGGAGAAGAGGCCUCGUUUUCCUCACGCCAUCCCUCCGCAGUGCAUCCCCCUCCACGCUCCCCUCCUCCUCCCACCUUCCCUCUCCUCCUCUUUCUCCUUCCGCCACACCAUCAUCCAGCACCACCUCUCCCUCCUCCCCCCUCCGUCCCACCUCCCCGUUCAUUCAUACCCUCAUCUUCUCCCCUCUUUUUCCCCACAUCUCUCUCCUCUCACUCUUAAUCCGCCUCCUGCUCCCCCCCCACCACCACCACCACCACCUCAUCAUCAUCCUCCUCUCCAUCCGUCUUUCUACUCCGCGUCCCCCAUCCCUUUCCUGGAUGCCACCGGUCCUUAUCCCUUAGCAACCGCGUUUCAUCCCAUGCAGAGUCCCCAUCCGUCUCUGUAUCCGCGGCCGCAUCCCGCGGUCAUGCCCUUACAGGUGUUGUUCUAAAAAGAAACAAAGAAAGAAAUAAUUCUCAUUAAAGGUACAUUCUCCCAUUUUUUCCAAGACAACCGUUGUCAACCGGGUGAAAGCAGUUUGCAUGUGUCGUUAUACAUGCAUUCUCUAAUUUACAAUUUCACGAAGACUGAAGUAGAAAAACAAAGCCAAUCUUUCUUAAAGCCAAACCCUUCAUCACUCCGUCCAAACACUCAAAGCACUGAUUCACACAUGAAAAAAAAAUGAUGGCUAAUUAUCUUCAUCAGUUAGAAUCCCGCUCUAAAUGAGCCUCAGGUGUGCAGCCAGUGGUAUCGCAGUGGGGAAACACAGCUGGGCUCAUUUCCCUCGGCAGAAAUCAGUCGACGCUCCCAUUUUGCAUUUUAAAUCAACGAUUUGCUCGGUUUGAAAUCAUGUUGGAAACUAUGGUGGGUGACUUUAAAAGGACAAAUAUAUCCUCAGAUAUCUUCAAUCUAUGAUAUUAAAUGCAGAAUUUUCUCUUUCUGGUUGAAAUUUACAUGUUUCCUCCCUGAGAGCCUCUGCUACAUUUUCCUACUUUGAAUGACUUUCUCAGCUGGAGGUUAUUAAGAGCUGGUGGCCUGCAUUACUUUGUGAGAAAGUCUAUUUUCCCAAUAGAGGGUUUCUAUAAAAAGGUGGAAACAAGAUCCUGGGGCUUUCUGUGCAAAAUUAAAAUUAAAAUCAACAUAUCUGCUACUUUACUGAGUGGUACAAUUUGAGUGCCUCAUCAUUUUAACAAAGACUAAACAAUCUUUUUUUCACAAACUCUGAACAGCACCAAUGUGUAUUCAACUUUAGCUUAAAAAAAUGCUCCAAUUACAUAAUAGCCAUGUCCCGAUUCCUUUCUACAUACUAACAAAAGUGAAUGAAAGGUGUCUGUGUGGGCUAAAUUAAGUUGUUUUUUUUGGUGCGUUGAUGGACACCAUUAUCCUUAUUAUUAUUUACAUUUACCCUACUAUUAUACUGUUCCACACUGCAUUGCAUGAAAGACAUUGAGAAGCUGCUAACAGCUGGAGAUUAAUAAAUGAUUAUGGUAAAAAAAAUAAAAAAAAAUAAAAAUGGAUCCCUUUAGAAAACUGAGUAAAAUCCUUGGGAAAAACAUUUUGUUUUCUCUUUGGUAAGUUUUACUGCCAGUGGCAUUUUAAAGAGGCAGUUUGAUUGACGGCCAAUGGAAUAAAUCUGUUAGCACAGAAUAGAAAAGUCCAUAAAAAGGAGAACACACUGUAGACUUUUAGUUUGUAUGUGAUACAGCUUGUCUUAUUGCUGCAUACAGGCACACUGAUUCUGUCACUAGUGUAUAAAUUAUAAAUUAUAUCUCAGCCUCUUCUAAAGUGUAUUUCUCUUUGUGUGAGAGUUGAACGUCGGAGCAAAAUGUUAAGUUGGAAACAAAGCCUUUGCUUUUUGAUUCUGAGGGGGUGACUCAAGCGUCUGACCUUUACUCUUCAUGUUUUCGACAGAUUUUCUGCCAUCUCGUCCAUUGCAGCUGCACUAAAAAUAGCCCAAAAGUGCUUUACACUUUACACAUAAUGACUCAUGCAAAGAAACAAAGGCCAAAACACACGCAGAGAGUGAUUCAGCAAGUCUUGGGACCCAUCCGGCUUCAACAGGGCUGUGUCCCUGGGAGCGGCGGACGUGGAGAUGAAAAUUUGAUUGUCAAGUAAUCAGAAAACAAUCCCCCGGUUGUCAUUCAUUGGUAGCUUGUUGCAGUAGGACAGGUGAUUUUCCAUCCUGUGUUCCGCGAAUGAAACAACACCAAAGCAUCUCAGCACUUCGCAAAUUCAGUCCCAACUUCUCAUUCAUGUGCGGGAAGGUUCAAAGAGUUCCUUGCUGGCAGUACUUUUCCAUGUGAACAGCCCCUCAGGGUGGAUUUUUACUUUAAAGCUAAGGGUUAAGCGUGGAGCCGCCCUUCUUACUUCAAAUCUUAUUUAGAGUCUUACUUUUAGUCACUAAGUGAAGCAGAAAUACCUCACAAAUAACACAAUGUGCAGAGUGUCGCUUGACGCUUAGACUUUGGCAGGAGGAAUGACGUGCACCACAUUGUUUUUUCUCAUCCAUUUUCUCUCACUCAUCUGAAGUUGAACAUCUGGCUCCGAUGGCUUUGGGGCAUAACUGGCAGCGCCUACCCAUCUCAGCGACUGUAGAUCAUACCGGUGCAGGCCGCAAACAAAACAAAUAAAAAGUAUGCAUGAAAAUUAGACUACAAGAAGCAGAUGUUAGUGGGCGAAUCACCAUCAUUAUUCUCAGUUAGACUUUCAUGCAGCACUGUAAGGAAUAUCUCGGUGGUAUUGAUCCCAGAACCCUGGACACACACUGUUUAAUGCAUUAGAGUUGUCAGUGGCAGCCCUACACACUCUGCCUGCUCUCCCAGAGGUUACCAGAUGAUCCUGAAUGCGUUCGUCAUGUCGCUAUGGUGACACUAUGGAGCCCAGGGUGCAGCUUUUGCUUAUUUUUUAGGUGUUUAUGUAAAGGUAGCGACUUGAAACUCACGACUUCAUGUACUUAUAGUCUUGGAGUGCAAGAAAAUGACGGCAGAAUCCUAUUAGCCGGUGUGACAGCACUCCUCAUGUGUUCUCUCGCUCUGUACCGCAAGGAGUUGGAAACCAUAUGUUCUUUAUGAACAUAGGUUUUAUUUAUUAUUGUGAUAUAACCGUGUAAAUUAGAGAAGAAAAUACACUGUUAUUAGAUGUAUUUUUGUAGAGAAGCCUCAGUUGAAUGAGGCCCAGUUUUGUAUCAUGUACUCUGAUGCUAUUUUAGCUAGUAAAUAAACUCCACACCCACGGUAUUAUUUGUCCUCCUGUUAAAGCUGUUAUAUGUUCUUUAAAGUCCUUGUAAUCAAUGAAUGGGUUUAAAGGCCAUGUUUAAUGUCUGUCAGAAAGCUGUUUUUACCUCUAGUUAUGUCUAAGAAAUGUCUUGCGAUCCUGAUAAACUAAUAUUUGGCUACAUUUUUCUUGUGUGUAAUCUAAUUUCAGCAGACUCAUAUCUACAGAUAUUAUCCCUGGUAAUAAAAUAGAUCUAGUCAUACAAUUGAGACAAACUCUCAACUCUUAAAAUGGAAAUAAAUCAGUUGACU